AUGUUCAUCACACCACGGUCCUAUUUGGAUUCACAGACUCCUGAUCACUCCUUUUCUAAACCGAGUCUCUUGAGGUUUCACUCAAUCACUGGGUGGCAGCCAGAUUCUGCACAGAAAAGGAGAGCUAUCAAUAUGUUAUUAUUACAUCAAGCUGGCAGUGUCCGUGUAGGUGAAGUAAUAAGUGGUUUCGAAAACAGAUAUACACUGACCUACACACCAUCCGCCGAUCCAUAUCCCAUUCCGACCGAGUUGCAUGUCAAGGUCAAGAAUACUUCUGCUAUUCCGCUCCGCGCCGCAUAUCUUCAUGGACCGUAUACUCUGUACACCUCCUGCUACCCUUCAGGCUUUGAUCCGAACACCCAUGUCGACGGGAAAGAUAAAGAGGAGAUCCCUCAAUUUGAACCUUACCUCAAAGCUGGGGGAAGUUGGAAAGCAGUCAUACCUAUACCGAAGCACCUCCAUCGAAAGCUGCCAGUCGAUUCUGACAACCAACAGAGCGUGACGUGGGUAAUUGAGAUCAUCUCCCAGGUAAUUUUUUCGACCACGGCUGUUGUCAAUUACGAACUACUUGUGAGUCGCGAUGACGGAUCACCAGCGCAAUCCCUGACCGGUGGAGCGUCAGUCGGGAAGCAUAGACAGGCAGCCCAACUGCGGGAUCACAUGGAACCCGGAAUAAGAGGAAAACAAAUGCUCGCCCGUAAGGGUGUUUUCUCACAAGCUAUUUCCUUGAAUAUAGAUGACACCACCAGUCUUUGGAACACCCCCCCUUUCCCAUCUGAACACGACCCUCAUGGAGGGAAGCGACCCCAAGAUUCACGCCAACAGGUAGCCAAUGCUGGAUCGACGCAAGUGGCUGAAAAUCUUGCAAGCACCCAGCGGAAUUCGCGUAGGAAGAAAGUCCAUCUUGUCGUUUUAACUCAUGGUCUACACAGCAAUCUUGGAGCAGAUAUGCUUUUCCUCAAAGAAAGCAUUGAUGCCGCAGCCAGAAAACCUAAGACCUCCCAAAAAAGGUCGAGCUGCAAAACGGGACACCACGUUGAAGGGCACAAUUCUGCUUCUUUGACAUCUCCAGUCGGUGAAGAUGAUCAAUUUGAUAAUCACGAUCCUGACGACGAGCUAGUAAUAGUUCGAGGCUUCUCUGGGAAUGCAGUGCGCACUGAGCGCGGUAUACAAUAUCUUGGCAAGCGUCUGGCAAAAUACGUAUUGUUUAUGACAUAUCCCGACCAACCAUAUAUGCCUCGCAAAAAAACAAGGUCAGGGGCAUGGUCUGGAUCAUUCAACACUUGGAAGAGCGGAAGAGAAACCGAAGAGAAUGCCACCUGUAACCAACACAUAUACACAGAUGAGGAACCCGGCGAUCACCGUUCCUAUCGGAUUACCAGUAUCAGCUUCAUUGGUCAUUCCCUCGGUGGUCUUAUCCAGACUUAUGCUAUUGCCUAUAUCCACAAACAUUCGCCAACAUUCUUCGAUCUAAUUCGGCCAAUCAAUUUCAUCGCGCUGGCAAGCCCUUUCCUUGGUCUGAGCAAUGAAAAUCCUAUGUAUGUUCGCUUCGCUCUCGAUCUCGGUCUUGUCGGCCGGACAGGCCAAGAUUUGGGCUUGAGCUGGACUGCGCCUAGAGUUCGGAGUGGCUGGGAGGCCAUGAUCGGCGGCAAAGGCAUGUCCGCGAAGUCGCGUGAACGCCCUGAGGAUGGACCAAAGCCAUUGCUGAGGGUACUGCCUUGCGGUCCAGCUCAUGAGGCAUUGUCAAAAUUUGACCGUCGCACCGUCUAUUCCAAUGUGGUCAACGAUGGAAUCGUUCCUUUGCGAACUUCGUGUCUACUGUUUCUGGACUGGAGAGGUCUAGAGCGAGUUGAAAAAGCCAGAAGAAAGAAUGGGCUAGUCGGUACAAUGGCUGAAUGGGGUUGGGCAGAACUGACUGGUGCAAACUCCAUACUUCCUCAGCCAACUCGAUCUCCAUAUGAUAACGGGACACUUAUUUUCAGGGAGAACAAUGAUGAGAGCAACACCGUCACCCCUUUGUCGGAAGAGAGUCGCAAACAGGCGAACACUGCUAAUGGCUCGUCCAUCGCUGGCUCUUUGGACUCGGUCACUGGCAGUUUAUCAAACCGCGAGCACCGACUCCAUGUAGGUGACUCGACAGAACGUCAUGGGACAAAGGAGCCUUCAAUUCAAGCCCCAACCAGCCCGCUGAGCAGCCUUUUCUCGAUUUUCCGGGCAAAAGAAGUAACCAACAAGUCCGAUUCUUCCUUUGGGUACAAGCAUACCAAGAUAUACAAGCGUAGCCAAACUCUGAGCACUUCAUCUGAGCUCGACCAAGCGUCGGUUGCUGCACCUCUUCUUCAUCAGGAGUCUCUCUCGCAAAGCUCCGCUUACGAGGGAUAUAUGCCUCACACCCCACCAAGAACUACCUUUUUUGAAUCAGCCGGUGAUCUUCUUAUGCCACCUAUCCCACCGAUUGAGUUUAUCUUGGACCCUGAUUCCAGACCAAGGGCGAUAUUUCAUGACCGGGUCUACCAUCCCGAGGAUAUACCUCCUCCACUACCCACGAAACGCAAGACAGCGCCACUGAGCGCAUUCGAAAGAAAGGUCAUGGGAGCCCAGGGGGAUCCGACAGGGCUCCAGAAGUCUCUGGCUACUGAUAUAACUGAGACUAGCGGGCUAAGAGUUGAGGAGAAAAUCGCAAGGUCUUAUCAUCGCGAAAUGUCAUGGCGUAAGGUUCUUGUUCGUCUCGAGCCCGAUGCGCACAAUAAUAUUAUCGUGAGGCGCAUGUUCACCAACGCGUACGGAUGGCCUGUAAUAAAACACCUUGUUGAUAGCCACUUUGGACAGGAUGCUUUGGCCCAAGGUCAGAGCUCUUUAGGAAGAGGCACCCAGAGGGCAGAUUCAUCCAUGAUUCCAGCUUGCGACACUGGGAACAAACAUCAAUCGCAGACUGAUUUUCUGCAUCAAGAAGUGCACUCUUCCACUCUCAGCACAGUUCCAAUCGGCCUUCCAAUGACGUCCAUUCAUACUCACACCCAGUCUGAAAUUUGUGAAAAUAUGGCAAGCUCAAAUAUAACAGGAAGUGAGUGCCACCGAGUGCUGAACACUGACUGA